GAAUGAUGACAGGCAGGCCUACUCCAUAGGGAGUUAUUUAUUCACGCGUGGGACAUGGGCAACGCAGUCCCUCUCCCUCGUUGCCCCCCUUUGAGAAGGUGGUGGUGAGCUGCCUUGUUGAAUCGCUGCAAUCCAUGUGCUGUCGGUUGACCCACAUUGCUGUCAGGGAGGGAAUUCCAGGAUUAUGGCCCGACAACACUGAAGAAAUGUCCGAUAUAUUUCCAAGUCAGGAUGUUCCUGUCUCAGAUGCUGUGCUGAUACCCCGCACCAACGGGACUGAGAUACAGCCCGGGGACCGCCUUGUUCUCCGGUGCCUGGUGAGGGAAGGCACUGAGCCCCAGUUCAUUUGGUACCGAGACAACGUGCCGCUAAGGAACGGCAGUGCGAGCUCCCAUGUGACUGCCGAUGGUGGUGAGCUGGUUAUUCAUUCAUUCCGGAGAGACAGUGUCGGGAGGUAUCACUGUGCAGCGAUCAACACAGGAACCGACGGCACCAUUUUUAACGUGACCAGCGACUAUAUCGAAUUCACGCUGCGAGGUAACAGUGACAGUCAGAUCAGACACAGACAGAGCACAGGGAAAGGCCAUUCGCUCCAUCCAGUCCGUGCCAGUCAGAAACAAUUAACCAUCUCAGUUAGGAAGGUGACGUGAGGUUAUUAAUCCAGCUGCCUGGGUCAUUUUCCCGGGAUCCCAGUUCAAACCCCGCUCAUACCCGAUGGUAGAAUUUGAGCGCAAUAAAAAUCUGGAAGUGUAAGUCUUAUGGGGAGGGGCGUGCAGAGGAGAUUCACCAGGACGUUGCCCUGGGGUGGUGCAUUUCAGCGAUGAAGAGAUGCUCAGUAAGCUCAGGCUGUUUUCUUUGGAGCAGGGAAUGCUGAGGGGGAACUGAUAGAGGUGUGUCAGUCUGUGUGGCACAGGGACUGCUGUGGGGGGGUGAGGAAGCAGCUGCUCCCCUGGGUGGAAGUGUAAAUAACAAGGGCAGCAUCAUUUGAAAGUGAAAUGCAGGAGGUUGAGAGGGGGUUUGAGGAUUGUCUCACCCACAGGGCUGUGGGGGCUCGGAGGGUAGUUGAGGUGGGAAACCUCCCAGCCUUUAAAGAGAACUUGAAUGAAACUCGACGUGCCAUAACAUUCCAGGCUGUAGGGGGCCGAGUGCAGGAAAGUGGGUUCAGUGCAGGGAGCUCAAUGGGCUCAAUUCU